GAAGAAAUGUCAAAGAGGCAGACAAUGACAGAGAACAUACCUAUCAAAAGUAAAAAAAUGAAGACACCUGAAGACUCAUAUGACGAAAAGUCAGAUUAUUAUGAAAACGAAGAAACAGAUUCGGAUGACGAUAUCGCUAUUGUUGGUGUGGGCUGCAAGUUUCCAGGAGCAGAUAAUAUUGAGGAGUUUUGGAAAGUUUUAUACAAUGGAGAAAAUCAUGUUAACGAAAUUCCAAUAGAUCGAUGGAAUGUGGAGGCAUUUCAUUCUGAAGACUUGGACAGUUCUGGAAAAACAUAUGCCAAGCAUGCUGGACUGGUUAAAAACUUUACUCAAUGGGACAAUAAAUGUUUUGGUAUAAACGAUACUGAAGCCAAAGAAAUAGAUCCUCAGCAGCGUUAUGUCCUGGAAUGUGUACACAUGGCUCUCGAAGAUGGUGGUAUUACAAGAAAAAGCAUAAAAGGGUCUGAUACUGGUGUUUUCAUAGGUAACUUUCAAUAA